GGUCUAAAGCCGGCGAGGCGGCUGUACGCAUCGUACAAGCGCAGCGGUGCACAGGAGGCGAGGACUGGUCCGCGACAGUGCCCAUUUCCACGCGUGUGCAACGAGACGCAGCGUUUUCCCGCAACUAAUAGAGCUAGCAGCACCAACACACAUAGUGGUGCGGCAGGAUGGUCGCGGACACCGUCCACACCACACCAUUAACGAUCAAGAGCCAGGCCGCCCGGCGCGGCCCGGCGCCGCUCGACCUGCUGGUCGCGCCCGGCGCGCCCGAGCACAAGACGCAGAAGAUCGAGGUCGCCGCGGCGCUCGCGAAUAUAAAACUGCGGAUCACGGCCGCCAAGGACGAAGCUGAGUUGACGAAGCUCUGCCCCCACGCCGCGACCGUCGUGCUGAUGACGCGCAACGGCCCGGUCACGCGGAGUGACGCCGUCCUGAAAUAUGUGUCCGGCCUCAACCCGGCGACGGAGCUCUGCGGCGCGGACGGCUUCGGGCGGGGGCGCGUCGACCAGUGGCUGGAGUUCGGGACCCACGAGUUGGAAGUCGCCGUGGUCGCCGCGACGACGCACGCGAAGAAUAAAGAGGUUGUGAACCGGGCGACGAAGGACGUUCAGCAAGCGUGCCGGACGCUCGACGCGGCUCUGCAAAAAACGACGUACCUCGCGGGCGACCGCGUGUCGGCGGCAGACUGCGCCGUGGUCUGCGUGCUCCGCGCGGCGCUCAAGAAUCAGUUGAUUGCGACGAGCAAACUGGGCCCCUCGUUGCUACGAUGGUACCUCACGUGCCUCCACGCGCCGGCCUUUUCCAGUAUUUUGGGCGCCGACGCUAAGAAUGAUGCGCUCAAGGCGCUGCCCGCCGGCAAGGCGCCCACUUCAAAAAAAACCGCGGCGGCCAAGGCCAAGGCAUCACCAACGGCGAAGGCCGUCGCCGACCCGCGGACGCUCUUCACGCCGACCUUCGCGCGGAGCCGCGAGCGGCUCAAGGAGCUGCUGGGCCGCGGCGCGGCCGCCGUCGGCGCGACGGUCGUCGUCGCCGGCUGGGUGAGGACGUUACGCGAAGCCAUGAAGGGCGCGACGUUAUUUGUGGAGCUCAACGACGGGUCGUGCCUCGCCUCGAUCCAGGUGGUCUGCGGGAGCGACUCGACCGAGGGCUUCGCCGCGGCCAAGGCCUGCGGCGGCGCCGGCGCUUCAUUAAGAGUCGAGGGCGCGGUCGUCGAGUCCCCGGGCAAGGGUCAAACGAUAGAGAUCCUGGCCAAGGCCAUCACGGUCCUGGGCUGCACGCGCGGCGGCCCGGGCCGGACCGUCGGCGCGCAGACCUACCCGCUCGCGAAGAAGUACCACACGCUGGAGCACCUGCGGACGCACGCGCACCUGCGGCCGCGGUCGCGCGUCGGGAGCGCCGUGGUCCGCCUGCGCAACGCGCUCGCGUUCGCGACGCACGAGUUUUUUCAACAAAGGGGGUUUUUGUACGUGCACACUCCAUUAAUAACGGCGGCGGACUGCGAGGGCGCGGGCGAGCAGUUCACGGUGACGACGUUGCUGCCGCCGGAGCACGACAAGGCGCCGAAAUUACCUACCGUCGACGGUCGGGUCGACUACUCGAAGGACUUUUUCGGGCGGCAGGCGUCUCUAACUGUAUCAGGACAGCUGAAUGUGGAGACGCACGCCGUGUCGCUCGCCGACUGCUACACGUUCGGGCCGACGUUCCGGGCCGAGAACUCGAAUACCUCGAGGCAUCUGGCGGAGUUCUGGAUGAUCGAGCCCGAGGUGUCGUUCGCGACGCUAGCGGAUGAUAUCGCCUUGGCGGAGGACUACCUGAAGUACUGCGUCGCGGCGGCGCUGUGCCGAUGUGCCGAUGAUCUGGAAUUUUUCGAAGGAAGUAAAAACGAAGGCCUAAGGGACCGCCUGAAGGCCAUCGUCGAGACGCCCUUCAAACGGUUGGAGUACACGGAGGCCAUCUCCGUCUUGCAGAAGGAGAUGAAGGCCGGCCGGGCGAAGUUCGAGAACACGGACGUGACGUGGGGUAUUGAUCUCGACAGCGAGCACGAGCGGUAUUUGACGGAGAAGGUGUACAAGGGCCCGGUGGUCUUGAUCAACUACCCGAAGGACAUCAAGGCCUUCUACAUGAAACUGAAUGCCGACGGCAAAACCGUGGCUGCCAUGGACAUCCUGGUCCCGCGCAUCGGCGAAAUUAUUGGCGGCUCCCAGCGCGAGGACUCGCUGGAAGUGCUCGAGGAGCGGGCGAAGUCGGUCGGAUUGAACCCCGAGGACAUCAAGUGGUACGGCGAGCUGCGGCAGUACGGCUCCGUGCCGCACGCGGGCUUUGGACUGGGCUUCGAGCGGUUGGUGAUGCUCUGCUCGGGCGUCGAGAACAUCCGCGACGUGAUCCCCUUCCCGAGGACGCCGGGGAACUGUCGCUUUUAAUUGAGUAAGUGCGAGUUACAUAG